CUCUUCAUCCCUUUCCUGCUGGCACAGAUUCCCAAAACCUCCUGUCCUUUAUAGCACUGUACACGGUUAUGAUUUCACAAGUAUUUGUAAGUUCUCUUUCUAUAACCCUCUCUUCUGCUGUACCUCCUCCUCCUCAUAGUGCCAUCCAGUGCUUGGCAUAUCAUACGGGCUCAGUAUAUGUCUGUUGAAUGAAUUAAUGAAGACAAAGGAGGCAGCUUAGGAGGGCAGAUCAAGAUCUUGUUUUGUGCAUGUUUAGUAUAAGAUGUCCUUAAGAUACCUGGGUGGGGAUGUGUAUCGAGCAGUUGGUGUAAAAUGCCUUUGGAGAUCACCAGCAUAUUACCAAUAUUUUAAGCCAUGAGAGUGAAUAAAUUUGCAAGGGCGAAUGUGUGGAAUUAGAAAGGGAAGAGGGCCCACGACUAAAGAGGAAACUCAACAUGUGAGUAGAGGAGGUGAAACCAGGAAGGUCACUGAAGAGCAGGGCAGAGAGGUGGGAGAAAAACCAGGAAAGUGUGGGAUCACGGAGGUCAAGGAAGACGGGAGGCUCAACCACGUCACCAUACUGUUAGUGAAACAAGAUUGUGGACAGGCUUUAGCAGAGGAAGAAUGAUUGAGCACACCCUCUCAUUGUGCUACCACAACAAACUCAUCUUAGCCCCUAUGGUUCGGGUAGGCACUCUCCCCAUGCGGCUGCUGGCCCUGGACUAUGGAGCGGACAUUGUAUACUGUGAGGAGCUGAUUGACCUCAAGAUGCUUCAGUGCAAGAGAGUUGUCAAUGAGGUGCUCAGCACAGUGGACUUUGUCGCCCCUGAUGACCGAGUAGUCUUCCGCACGUGCGAAAGAGAACAGAACAGGGUUGUCUUCCAGAUGGGGACUUCAGAUGCGGAGCGAGCUCUUGCUGUGGCCAGACUCGUGGAAAAUGAUGUGGCUGGUAUUGAUGUAAACAUGGGCUGUCCAAAAGAGUAUUCCACCAAGGGAGGAAUGGGAGCUGCUCUGCUAUCAGACCCUGACAAGAUUGAGAAGAUCCUCAGCACUCUUGUUAAAGGGACACGCAGACCUGUGACCUGCAAGAUUCGCAUCCUGCCGUCGCUGGAAGAUACCUUGAGCCUUGUGAAGCGGAUAGAGAGGACCGGCAUCGCUGCCGUCACAGUUCAUGGGAGGCCUGCAAGAGAUGGACUUGCCUUCCCAGCAGGGGCUUAUGCUGCUCCUGCCCCUUACAACAGAGGUCAUGGAGAGACAUCCUCUGUGGCCCAGAACCCUGUCCUUCGUGGCCGUGUGACCUUCCUGAGGAAGCGGGAGGAACGACCUCAGCACCCUGUGAGCUGUGAAGCCAUCAAAGCCGUUGCUGAAACCCUCUCCAUUCCUGUCAUAGCCAAUGGAGGAUCUCACGACCACAUCCAAAAAUAUUUGGACAUAGAGGACUUUCGACAAGCCACAGCAGCCUCUUCGGUGAUGGUGGCCCGAGCUGCCAUGUGGAACCCAUCCAUCUUUCUCAAGGAGGGUCUGCGACCCCUGGAGGAGGUCAUGCAGAAGUACAUCCGAUAUGCCGUCCAGUAUGAGAACCACUACACCAACACCAAGUACUGCUUGUGCCAGAUGCUACGAGAACAGCUGGAGUCGCCCCAGGGAAGGUUGCUCCAUGCAGCCCAGUCUUCCCAGGAAAUUUGUGAGGCCUUUGGUCUUGGUGCCUUCUACGAGGAGAUGACACGGGAGCUAAAUACCCGGCGGGCUGAGCUCUUGGCCCGGACCCCAGAGGCUGUGGGGGAGCCAGCUGAAGACCCCUCUGGUGUCAUUAAGAUGGCUGUCAAGUUUGACCGGAGAGCAUACUCACCCCAGAUCACCCCCAAGAUGUGCCUGCUGGAGUGGUGCCGGAAGGAGAAGUUGGCACAGCCUGUGUAUGACACGGUUCAGCGCCCCCUGGAUCGCCUCUUCUGCUCUGUUGUGACUGUUGCUGAGCAAAAGUACCAGUCCACCUUGUGGGACAAGUCUAAGAAAUUGGCGGAGCAGGCUGCGGCCAUCGUCUGUCUGCGGAGCCGGGGCCUCCCUGAGGGUCGGCUGGGCGAGGAGAGCCCCUCAUGGCACAAACGCAAGCGGGAGGCCACUGACCAAGACCCUGGGGGUCUGAGAAAUCAGGAGCAAGCAGUGCCUGGGGAGCUGUGCAAGAAGCUCUUUGUGGCCUUGGGAAGUGGUGAAGAGAGCCCUCUGGAAGGCUGGUGACCAUGUCCCUACCUUGGUCACCUGCUUCAGGAGCCUGGCUGUAAGAUGUCUGUGGGUGCAGAGCAUGAACCAGGUGCCACUGGACAGUUCUCUGACUGUUCCUGGCAGGAGUUAAGAGGUCUUGACCUGGGCCAUCAGCCUGGAGCACAGGCUAAAGGGUGCCUAGGGCGCACAUCUCUUUUGGUGGGUCUGAGUAGCAAGGCCAAAUUCCCAGUGACCUCAGUAUUUUCUUUGAAAACAGGAGCUUCUCAGGUGGCACCUCCUCAACCUGACAUUGGUACAGUGCAAUAAAGAUCCCCCUACCCUUACCCACGGCUGGCUGCUUUAGCCUUGGGCAUCUUCACACACA